AGAGAGAGAGAGAGAGAGAGAGCUGUUAUUACUAGUGACAGAAAACGGCAGCGAGCACAUACAGUCUGGAAAGCAGCUGAUGCGACAAGAUGCUGUGCGUCGCCUUGCUGUGUGUGUGCGCCGUCGCCUUCGAACACGUCUCCGCUCGCUCCGACAGCGGCAAUUUUUUGGAUGAUAAGUGGCUCGCCGGAAGAUGGGAUAAAUUCAGAGAUGAAGUGGAGGAGCCUGGAACAUGGACUCCAUCCAAGCCCUUCGAUCAAGGCCUUGAUCCAGCCAAAGACCCAUGUCUUAAGAUAAAAUGCAGUCGCCACAAGGUGUGUGUGGCUGAGGAUUAUAAGACUGCCACUUGUGUCAGCCAGAGGAGAGUUAGUUUCAAAGAUGCCAGCUUGUUCCAGAGUCCGGGGUCAAAGUGCACACCCUGCCCUGUGGUUCACCCCUCUCCUGUUUGUGGAACCGACGGCCACUCCUACUCCACAAAGUGUAAGUUAGACUACCAGGCAUGCAUCACAGGAAAGAAGAUCGCUGUGAAGUGUCCUGGCAUGUGUCCUUGCCCAGCUCAGCCUGAACAGAGCUCUGCAGAGAAGAAAGUGUGCAGUGAGUCGGACCUGAAGGAGGUGGUGAGUCGUCUGAGAGACUGGUUCAGAGUGCUGCAUGAGAAUGGCAUGCCUAAGAGAGUCAAGAUCCAGAAGCCAGAGAAGAACAAGUUCGAGGUCGGGGCUUCCCCUAUUUGUAAGGACCCUCUGGGCUGGAUGUUCUCCCGACUGGACACAAACUUUGACGUCCAGCUGGACCAAUCGGAGAUUAAGAGCCUCUACCUGGACAGGAAUGAGCCGUGCUCUGACGCCUUCUUCAAAUCCUGCGAUACACAUGCCAACAAAGUUAUAACCAGCUCUGAGUGGUGCACGUGCUUCCAGAGGUUCACAGAUUCCCCUUGUAAAGCAGAGCUGUCCAGCAUCAACAAAAAGCAAGCUGGGAAGAAACUGCUUGGUCAGUACCUGCCAUCCUGCGAUGAGGAGGGUUACUACAGGUCCCACCAGUGUCACAGCAGCAGCGGCCAGUGCUGGUGUGUGGAUCGCUAUGGCAACGAGGUGGCCAGCUCACGCAUCCAUGGCCCUGCAAACUGCGGCGUGAUUUUGGAGUCUUCUGGCGACCUGGGCAGCGGAGACUCACUGUUCACCGAUGAUGAUGAAGAUUCCCUUGUCCUCGAAUACCAGACCGGGAUGGACAAUGAGGACGACGAAGAUGAGGAUGACGACGAUGACAACGACGAAUAUCUGUCGUAAUUUCAAAAAACUAAAACAAAAAAAGAUAAAAGAGAAAACUGUUUGUUUGGUCAAACUGCACGUUUCUAGGUGACUCCCCAGGCAGAUACUUAAUCGUACUAACAGCCUAUGGACUACUCUCUGUGUAUUGUUUGUUCAUAAGUUAAAAGAAAAGACAAAAAAACAAUAUUCCUGGCAAACGUUUAUCAUUUCUCUUUUUCUCUAAGUAUAAAAUAUGAUUGGUUAAUGACACUUGUUCACUUGUGUGUCAGCAAACCAGAGAACAUGACAAGGACUUUAUCAACAGCCAAUCCAAUCCUUUGGAUUUGGUCACAUGUGCAAAGACCUCUCCCUUCAUUGGACAGUCUGUGUCUUCUAGUGUGUCCUGUCCUUGUGCAGCACUCUAAUGCCUGAGUGUGUUGAUGCUUGAGGCGCAUUGUUAAAGAGAUUUUCCCUUUUUUAUUCCUUCAUCCUGCCCCCCCCCCAGCCCCCCACCCAAUUGCUCCUUAUCAAAUGUUCCUGUGUAUAGGUGGGAUGUUGAUGAUGUAGAUAAGAGAAUAUUGCACUCUUUAGGUUUCUUUUGAUCUUGAUUUGUAACUGUGACUGUAACUGUGUGGAAAAACAAGAUAAGCGUUAGACAUGCUUCAUUAGGAGAAUUAAGGCUACAAAAAAAAACAGUGUGAGUUGGAUAACAAUCAGAACCGACAUGCUAGCUGUUUUCACAGAGACACAAAUCAAGUCAAAUCAUCUCAACGGCUCAGCAAAGAGGAAAGACAGAUUACUGCUUGGCCGGUGGUGUAAUGGGGGAAAUAUUAUUAAUAUCUAUUUUUCUAAUCCAUUGUUGGAUGAAUACAGAAGAUGAAACAGAUUUUUCGUAGCAUGUCUAAUACUGCGUGAUGUUGUUUCAGUCUGUAGAUCCAGAGGCUAAACCUUUACGGAACUCAAAACAUAAUGGUGCUUGAGGGGAAAAAAAAUACCUCAAGCGUGUACAGAUGAAACUGCACUUGCAUAGUUAUAAACUGCUUGAGCUACAAAUCUGUGUGAUUUAAAAAAAGAAACAUGUUGUUGACCUUUAAUAUGUCUUUGAGCUUGAAAUCAACCUCAUCACAGCUCAGAAGAAGAAAACAUUAUGUUUGAAAUGUUCAGUUAUGAGUCUUAAUGUGAUUUGAGCGUGGUAUUAAAAACACGGAGCCAUGCAGAGCUCUAGAAAAUGUCUGGGGGAUAAAGGGUAAGGUGUGCCUUUUUCCGGUAAGGACAGAUGGUGGUGAUUGUGGGAGAGGCAUGCUUACUGGACUGAAUUAAGCUCGCCAUUAAACUGCAUAAGAGUGGCUUUACUGUCAAGCUCGGAUACUACUUGGGUUUUGGUAUGGCUUGUGUUUGGGUCUCUCUUACAAUAGUGUUACAUAGGCCAUAUUUCAGAUCUUUUCAUUUGUUACAUGAUUGAUAGAAUGUAGAGAAGCACAGAUAUACUUAGCAGAUAAGACAUAAAAACACACUUAGAUUCUGCCGGAUUUGAAAAUGUUUUAUAUAUUAGUACUGGCUAGAGGAAGCUUUGAUUUAGAAAGCUUUAUAUGAAAAAAAAAUGAUCACCUUUCAUUGUUUUGCUUUCACUUUGUUUCAAAAGCUUGAUUUGUAAUUUAUCUGCUCUGACAACUUAUAUUGUUCAUCUGUCUGGGCUGAAAACUGAUCCCAGAUUUGCGUAUUCUGUGACUGUUUAUGCAGAGCUGUGAAUAGCUGAGCUCCUAUGUUGAUUUUCAAUUAUUAAUCUGCCUUUGGGCUUCAUUUUUGAAUCAAUCCAUUGUUGAAAUUCCAUGUUAAGAUCUGAAAAGUGCCAUCUUACUGUGUCCAAUAGAUUUUUGAUUUUUGUUUUGCUCCCUUCAUUCCUUUUAACUUGGAAUUUCAAUUCACUUAUAGGAACAGGAAAACAUUUCCGUCUUAAAGUGUGCUGUUUCAUGAGUUUAAUGAUGACAUGCAAAUCAUUUUGAUGACCUCAGACACUGUAGCCACUCCCAACCAAUCAAACACUGUCAUCACAGCCCAGAUAGUGUAAAGGUUAUGAUACAGAUGCAUUUUUUACAGUGUAUGUAUGAUUUGCUGAAAUAAAAGCUAUAUUGACCAAUGUUA